AUGACAAAUAAAGGUGAGACAUGGAAUUCAUUAAAACUGCAUUAUCAAUUAAGAAACGAAUGAUUAGCUUAAAACCUGGUAGAAAAGGGCAUGUUGACAACCGAGAAACAGAACUUCCUUCUUUUUGACAUGACAACACAUCCCCUCACCAACAACAACAUUAAGCAGCGCCUCAUCAAGAAGGUGCAGGAGGCCGUUCUCGACAAAUGGGUGAAUGACCCUCACCGCAUGGACAAGCGCCUGCUGGCCCUCAUCUACCUGGCCCACGCCUCGGAUGUCCUGGAGAACGCGUUCGCGCCCCUCCUGGACGAGCAGUACGACUUAGCCACCAAGUGGGUGCGGCAGCUCCUGGACUUAGACCCUGAGGUGGAGUGUCUGAAGGCCAGCACCAGCAAGGUGCUGUGGGCAGUGGUGGCCGCCUUCACCAAGUGA